AUGGAAAAAAAAAUCGAGAUGCUAGACCUAUUGUUUCUGUCCAUAUGCAACAUGGUCGGUAUAGGGGUUUUCAGUCUAGCACACUAUGUCCUCUCACAAACAGGAACAUGCGCCUCCUCCAUCUUUCUGAUAGUUGCUUCAGCAAUAAUUGCAACGGUAUUUGGAUUAUGCUAUGCAGAGCUUGGGUCAACCUACCCAUAUGCAGGAGGAGACUUGAAUUAUCUUAGUAGGGCAUAUACAAAGCACUUAGGAACUAUUUAUUCUGUGGUUUCUAUACUACUAAUACUCCCCCUGUCUUGUGCAAUCAUGUCUAUUAAGAUACAUGAAUGCUUCGAGGAGGAUAUUGGAAGAGAUUACUGUAUCGCCAUGCUGUUGGGUUUAUGCACUAUAUUCUUGUCUUUUGGAGGAAAGUUAGUCACAUGGACAAUGAGAAUACUGUUUUUUCUCAAGGUUGUUACUGUCGCCUCUCUUUUAGUCAUUUCUUCCAUAUCGUUCAUAGUGGCUAGGAAUGCUCCAAAUCCUGCAAUACUGGACAAAAGGAAUAGUACUGUGGAAAUAGAUGCAACCUCAAUAGUUAAGGGCCUAUGUUUUACUCAGUUUUCAUUUGAUGGAUGGAACUGUGGAAACUAUAUUGCAAACAGAAUACAUAAUCCGGGAAAAAGCUUUCCAAAGGCUAUAGUUGGAUCCAUAUGGGUUGUGACCUUCAUUUACAUACUCAUUAGCCUGUCUAUGAUGUGUGUGGUGCCAUACGAUGAUAUCGUUGGAAAUGUCUUUUUUAUUGAUGAAUACUUCAGAGCGGUAGGAAUCCCUAUUACUCCCAGAAUGUUGUCAGUGAUGGUUACACUUAUUCCUACCUUCGGGUCUCUUGUAUGCUCGCUCAUUGUCGGAACAGGAAUUAUCGAGUCUCUUGUUCCAGCAAAAUUCAGCAAGAAGCUGGAGGUAAUAUCUCUCGCUGCUUUUUCCUUCAUUGUUUUUGUGUUUGCCAAACUAGAGAGCAUAAAUUGGAUGGUAAGUAAGAUAGCUUUCGGGAUAUCUUUGUUUUAUUCCCUGUCAUGCAUGGGCCUUGUAGUUCUUAAGUUGAAACAUCCUUCUAUAGAAAGACCCUUUAACCUUCCCCUUGCAGUUCCUCUAGCUGCGUCAUUGAUAGGUAUUUCUAUCUGCAGUUACAUUAUUUGCUGCAGUUGA